AUGUUUCGACCUGGUUACUGGCCCGACGACCCCAUGGAUGGUAUCCUAGGUGCUGGCAUGGCACGUCCGGGUGCCACAGCCCGUCGGUUCGAUGAAUACUAUCGUUGCUACCCAGUAGCUAUGCUUCCAGGUCCCGAAAGAGAGAAUGUCAACCACGGUGGCAAGGUCAUCAUGCCUCCUAGCGCAUUGGACAAGCUCACCCGACUGCACAUUACCUACCCGAUGUUAUUUGAGCUUCAUAAUGGUGCUAAAGAGAAGAUGACACAUGCGGGUGUCCUGGAGUUUAUUGCUGAAGAAGGCAAGAUCUAUCUGCCAUUCUGGCUGAUGCAAACAUUACUACUGGAACCUGGCGACCUUCUACAAAUCAAAUCGACCGACCUCCCUCCUGGACAGUUCAUUAAACUCCAAGCGCAGUCAACAUCAUUUUUAGAUAUCAGCGAUCCGAAAGCCGUGCUCGAAAACGCCUUCCGGAAUUUCUCUUGCCUCACCAAAGGCGAUGUCUUCACUUUUGCAUACAACGAUCAAGUCUAUGAAAUGGCGGUUUUAGAAACGAAACCAUCUGGGACGAAGAGUGCGAUAUCCGUUUUAGAGACCGAUUUGGAGGUUGAUUUCGCUGCUCCGGUUGGAUUUGAAGAACCACAGCGGACUAGUGGAGCCAGCACUCCUGGCAGCGUCAUUCGUGGUGGUAAGCUUCCAGCCGGUGGACUUUUGCACCCCCAUGGCACCAUGGCACAAUCAAUCAACUACUCUGCAAUUGCCCCCGGGGCCACCGAUGCUGCCGCAGGGGCUCGCGCGGCGUCCUCCAACUUCUUGUCUGGAGGCCAGCGUCUCAAUGCCAAAAAGGGCAGCAAGGCUCCAACUCCCAACCCGUCUACUCCCACCCCCGGCGCCUCGAAUCCCUCACAUCCUCCUCCCACCCGACGAACAAAUGGCCCGCAACCGCUCCGACUCCCGCCUAACCAGCUGUUCUUCGGGUAUGCCAUCACACCUGUCAAGCCUCGCGAUGAGAAUGGGCAGGUCAUUCCCGAUGACCACCCCAAAUUCCAAGGCAUUGGACAAACAUUGCGGGGGAAGCGAAAGGAUCUGUCUGACUCUGCCACUGCCUCGGGAAGUGAGGCUGAAAGCCAGAAGGGCAAGGAAAGCACUAAAAAGUCUGACAGCGGUGGUCGGACUUUAGGGAAGCGCUGA